CAGACAUGCUGGUCCACUAUGGUCAGACUUCAGAUAUCUUGUAUUAUGAAAAGUUGGAUAUCCCUCUGCCAGAAUUGGAAGGUUUGCAAACUCUGACAGUUGAUUUUCAUUCGGCAGUAAAUGAUGCGGAGGUGGUCACUCAUAAGAUAAGACUUCCAAAACAGCACACAGUAGCAAAUGUAUUUGACUACCUAAGGACUAAGGUUAAGCUGUCUCAUCCCAAUGCAGAACUCAGAUUACUUGGCGUUUGCUUUUACAAGAUCCGCGUGGUAUGUGUUUCGCUAUUCAACUUUUAAUUGUUUGUAGUGGAUUAAAAAUGACCCAUUUGGGCAGACAUACCACGACCAAAAAUUAAACUUUGUUUAAUUAGGAGUGUUGAAUUGAGAUUCCCAAGUUCAUUAGUUGAUGCAGAUAAAACACAGAAGUGGGCUCCUUUUAGUGAAAAAUAAGCUUUAGGUUGGGUUACAAAUGUGUUGGGCCUUUGGUCUUAGGGGUUUUAAUUGUAUUUGACCAUUUUAAUGAGCCUAAGAUAUGGGUAAAAUGUAGGAAAGUGGUCGUUGGGAUCUUAGUAGUUAUUUUU